GUAAAGGAUACAUCGGUUGUCAAUAGAAUCUUCCGCGACCGCGGCCACGAUUAUGUGGUAUGAAAAAGAAGCAAUUUGGAACAAAAAAGGAUCAUGUGCAGCCCAUGAAGCAUGCAUCGCUUGUUGCGCGUAACGAAAUGACAGCGCUUCGUUUUUUUCGAUUGCUCCCAGUCAUCUCCUCUCGAUUGUCGAACAAGAUGUUGCGACUAUUUGUCGUCUGUUUGCAGCUGCAGGCUCUCCGUCUUCCGAGUAUUUUUGUGCCUCUGCUUCUGAUGCUCCCUGUCCAAGUGCAGGCCGCCGGGACUACACCAGGUGCCAUGUCAAAGUUCGAAGUCGGCACUUGCUUUCCGGAGAACCAAUUUGGCCUCCUUGGCCAGUACUUCGAGCGGUUUUGCUGCUUCGCGAUUUCUGAUUCCGUCGGCACGGGAAACUGCUGGAGCGCGCCCCCGCAGACGUUCGAAUACUGCUGCAGUUUCUACAAUCUGAUGCACGCUGCGGAAGUGCCGCUGGUUCUUGCUGGUGGUGGUGGAUCACCUAGUGCUGCUGCUCAUCUUCACGCAGGGCCAUCAUCUACUUCCAAGACAUUUUCAAGUUCAGCAAGCACAGUGUCGCCACCCACGACCUCGACAAUUAAAAAAACCGACAGUACUAGUGGUAGUGCGACAACGUAUGCCCCCAUGAGCAAGAUUCGCCAAACCUUCCGGAAUUGCCCGCUCGCGUCGGUGAGUUUUCCGGAGCUGAAAGCGUUUUCCGGCAACCGGGGGAACGAGGUUUCUUUCCAGCCAUCCCAGCGGGAUUUCGACCAGCCAGGGCUUGCGGAGCAUCUUCGCGAGAAUUAUGGUACGAAGCAGAAAAAUACUUCCGAGGACGCGGAGGAGGCGCUAGAUCAACAUGAACUACUGCAACAACCGCUCCACGACUGCGUUCUCCUUUCCAUUGUCCGUCUCUACUACUACCUCAUGUGGCUUUUACAGAGCGGGGAUUUGGGAGAAAGUUGGCGCUCGUUGAGUCAUAUCCUUUGCAACAGUAUCGUACUGCUCGUAUGAAGAAUUGCAGUCAUCCGUGGCAAGGAACCUGACUUUCUACCUGAUCUAGCAUGACAGACUUUCCUUUCGUCUUGAAUAACAUUUGUGAUGCCAUUGUACUCGUACGAUUAGAUUACGAUACUUUUGCAAUGCAUAAGUCAGAAAGAGGAGGCUACCGUGUACAAGCACGCUGUAAGCGGGAUCGUGACAAAGCGGAAGGAAGCCGCUUUGGCCGACGAUAGAAACUUGAUGCGACGGAUGAAGCAGAAAUACCAGUGGUAUGCGAACAGAAACAGAGGACCACCGACAAGAGCCGCGACGGAGCCAGGACGAGCGACAAAAAAAGCUCUGCAGCGCGCCCCUGCGCAUGAAGAUGUUGACGGUGGCGGGCGCGGCGCUGCGCAAAUCGAAAUCUACCACGAGUAUCCGGACACCAUUCUGUUUCGCGAGACGAGGCCGGACGCAACAGAACAAACCGCAUCACCAACAGGACAAGAAAGCAGUGCCCCCGUUUUUACAAAUGACGUCGCGCACGUUCUCGGGCACAGCGACUGGGGCAACAUUUUGUUUGCUCCUGCUGGUAAUGAACUACUUCAACAAAACAAAAACCGGGAAAACCGCAAGGAUGUGGAUGCUCUAGCAGACCCAGAUGUGAAUGACAAACAAAUCGGUCUACUUGAUGAAGAACGAGGACGAGGAACCUCCACAGCCGACGAGCAAAAGAUCGCCGCAAAUCCCUUUGACGUGCACCUUCUUCGUUUUUACCGGACGGCGUGGGAGCUGCUGGACAUGCUGGCGCUGUGUGAUUUGGCCGAGGCCGAACUGUACGCCCUGACCCGCAUCACCCGGGCGCAUGUCUACUGGCUGCUCGUCAGUGUCAGCCCAGUGCUGCGAAGGAUUCUGUCCGAGGAAGAUCAUACGCCUGCUGCUGUUGACAGUGCGGGGGUAGAAGUGGGCAGUCACGGCGGAGCUGUUCCACCAGCGUCCUCGACGCCUGCAGGAACAUUGCGCUCUUCUACGUCUGCUCCAGCUCCUGCGACGAGGGAGAACUACUACAUCAACCGCAAUACAGUACGCACCGUCUUUUUGGACCUCGGCGCGGCCGGCGGCUUGGACGCGGGCCACGCGCUGACCUUUCCAAAUUCCUUCGUCAUCGCGGUGGAGGCCGGGCGCAAGCCGAUGGAGACCCUGCAGCGCCGUUUCAUGAAGUGGAAGUACUUUCCAAGCCGGCUGGAGACCCGCAUGCUCCACAUCAUCCCCAGCUACAACGAAACCUUCCGAGCGCGAACGAGUCACCACGAGGACUGGAUGUCGCACGUGCUGGCGGCAGACGCGGACGACGGAGCUGAAGUGGCGUCUCUGCAGCCUCAAAUUUCUUCAAACCCACGAGAACAUGACGGGGAUCUCGCUAGUAGUGCCGGCCAACAAGAAGAAAUAAUCGCAACCGGGGCGGUUACGCUCCCGGGCAACCGCACGAGAACCUGCCGCGAAGUGUACCACGAAAGCAUCGUGCGGAAAAGAAGCCGCAAUAAAAAAUUUGUCUCAACAAAAGACGGCAUAAUGUCAUCUCGGUCGACCACUUCCACACACGAGCAGAGCCGUGUAGUUCGACAAGAAGGACCACGAGGUGGACAAAAUCGAAACAAGCAAGCGGUCGCUGACGUGACCAGAACAAGCCUCAGCCAGAAGAUACCACCAGGAGGCCAACAUGAUAGAGAAAUGCGUGCAGUGUCAGAGCAAGCUCAAGCUCAAACCGAAACCACCAAAACCGCCGUGAAAAUCGAUUUAGAAGGGCUGGACCUCACCUGCUUCCAGCAAAUUCUGCAGUCCACCCCGCUGUUGCUUCGUCCAAACUACAUCAGCAUCGAGGUGUUUACGCGGCAGACCGCGAUUCGUGCGAUUGCGUUCGCGGUAUGAGAUUUUUUCACAACUCGCCCUCGUCGUGGUCCUAAAUUUCUUGUUAUGCAAAUCAGCAAUUCCACUUGACUUGCAUUGCUUCACUUUGACUUGUUCGUUGCGUUUUGGCUCUGCUUGCGCCGGCAUGAGAAAAUUCGGUGCAACAUGCCCAAAGGAAGUACUAAAAAAGCAAGAAUAGUAAGAAGCACAACGACUAGCGCGAGGAAUUGCUAUGCUGCUCAGUUCACAACUAGCAUUUGUAUUGCUUGUUGUUUCAUGGAUCAUUCAUUCUGUUGCUCUUCAUGAUGUACGAACAAGUCAGGGGGGAGUUGUCCCCUACCAUAUGGUAUCCUGUGCAAAUGUGCCUAGGGGGUAGGAAAAGCUGAGAAAUAUACUCGCCAGCUUCUACACCAACUUCUACACCAACUUCUUCGCCAGCUUCUACACCAGCUUCUGGCGUAGAAGAAAUGAUUUAACUGUAAAAGAAAAAUGUGAAUUUGCGUGAAGGACCGAGCAGAUUGCAAUUUUUGAAAAAGGUCGACAAUUGCCGACCUUUUGCAAAAAUUUCAAUCUGCUCGGUCCUUCACGCAAGCUCGCGUUUUUUGCGUCGCAAGUUUUCGACUUUUGUGCUAAAAGCUUCGAGCUUCGAAGCAAAUAUCCUACCCCCUAGGCACAUUUGCACACGAUAUAUGGGGUGCAGAAGGGCUACGAAUACGUGAAAUUCGUCGAGCAGAGCAGCUACUACCGGUUGAUCUGCAACCCGCAGAUCCGAGGGACGGACAAGUCCUACGGCACCCGGCGCACGCAGCGCCGCAUUUUCAGCGACAACGGGCACCGCGUUUCGCGCAUCGAGCAGGGCCCGGAGUGUUUUGCCGAGUCGGGGAGUGGACCGGUGGGCGAGAACGCCCUGGACUACAUGAGCGGGCUGCGGUGGCGGAAACUCCGGUAUGUGGACGACAAUGACGGACGCCCAGACGAGCUGCGAGCGGGAGAUCAUGCCGUGGUUAAAAAUGCACCGGAAAAAUCUACUACCACAAGCACGACUGGUGCAGCUGAACCAAGCAGUACUAAAGCUAGCAGCGGCCCUUCUAGUCGUGAUACUACAUCUUCUCCAAGCGGGGGAGGACGUCGGCUUCUCCCCUUCUCCCAAUGGUGGACAGAAACGGAGAUAUUCUUGGCACCAGACGAAGCAGAAGCUGAAGCUGCAAAACAAAAACAAGAACACGACUUGACGGCCAGCACAAAGAAAAACGUAGAGAAUCCUAGUGCGGACCUCCGUGAAGAUUUUUACAACAGCACCAGCAGCGCGUCUUCAACCGAGGAUCCGACGCGACGCGGAGACCACGAAGAUCAAGAUGCUCCUCCGACUGGUACUAGUAGAACUGGUCCACCUGCUUUGAGUCUGACAAAUGCAAAUUCGGUUUAUUCACUUUCACCAUCAUUUGCACGACCUACAAGAAGAAAUGAUAAUGACACCAGAAAAUCGAAAACGAAGUACUUCCUGCCUCUCGAGGCGGAGUUGUCUUUGAUCUUAGGAAAGCUCGAGGAGAACAGUGGCAGCUUGCUGUGGAUUGCACGGCAAGUUUUGAGAACGCUAGACAGCCAGACCUCCGUGCGCUUCGAUCUUCAUUUCAAACUGCGAUAUCGAGGAAGAAUUGCUUCUGUGCAAGUUCUUGGCUGCUCACGGAAGCACGGGGUAGUGGGGUCGCUGGGGGUUCUUGGCGAAAAGGAC